UGCUCUUUUACGACUCUGCCAUGACAUUUGUUUUUUUUUCAUUUCAACACUUCACUUGGAUGCAAUUUGAUUCAUUAAAAAAGUGAAAACGGAAUUAUUACAAUAAUGGAAUCUAAAGUUACCGUUCUAACACCCAACGGCAGAAGACAAAAUGUUAAAGUUACUCCGAACACUACAAUAUUGCAAAUAUUGGAGGAAGCUUGCAAAAAACAUGGUUUUUCCAGCGAUGAAUACUGUUUGAAGCAUCACAAUAAGGAGGUGUCCCUAUCGCAAAUGUUUCGCUUUAGUGGUUUGCCCAACAAUUGCCUAUUAGAAAUGUACCAAACAGAUAAAAAACGAGUGGCUAUGGCAGUGGAUAUAUGUGUGCAAACUGAAGAUGGAUCACGUAAACAGGCACAAUUUUUGCCCGAUGAUAAUUUGUGGCACGUUCUGAAAGAAGUGAUAGGAGAAGUUGAAUUGCACAAGUUCGCUAGUCCAGUAGUGCUUUAUAUGCGUCAGGAGAUAUUGGGAGAAGAACUAUUAGCCAAAACAUCGCUGAAAUCGUUGGGUAUAAUGGAGGGAAGAGCCUUACUGCGUUUGCUGGACAAACAGCCGGAAGAAUUAAAAACACAAGCCAUGGUUUAUAAACCUCCUGCACCUAAAGUUGUGGCAACAACUUCUAACACUGAUGAUGACAAACCCAAAACUUCAAAGAGUAUAGUGCCAGGUGGUAGUGGUUUUGCCAUAACCAAAGACUUGGUACAAUCCCUUAAAAAGGCUUCAGCAAACGAAACAAGUGAACCGAAGACUGAAAACAAAGAAGCAGCCGGCAGUAAUACUGAUAUAAAAGUAGAAAAUUUAGAACCAGAAAAACCUAAAUAUGACUGGGGCUCAGCACCAGGACGUUCGAUGCGUACAUCUGAAAUGAAAAUGGAGGUGGAUGAAAAUGAAAAUUUAGAACCAGAAAUUGAACCCGAAUAUCAUAUACUGGGAGAACGCAAUGCCUUAAUUUAUUCCCUAGACUCGGCACAAAAUCAAAUAGAAGAUUUACCCGACUCAUUUUAUGAUUUAACGGUCAAUGACUUGAAAUUGGUUUUGCGUGAUCUUAAAAAAAUAGCCGCCGGCAAUGAAGAUGCACCAUUGCUUACCGAAAAACUCCGUGAAUUGGACGAUAAUAAUACCAUGCUUAGAAAAAUUGCUCAAUAUAAAAAUUGUGUUAUAAGAAUACAAUUUCCUGAUCGCCAUGUUUUACAAGGGAUGUUCAAACCAAUCGAUAAAAUCUCAGAUGUUAAAGAAUUCACUAGAACUUAUUUAGAGAAUGCGGAAAAACCGUUUUAUUUGUUUACCAUACCACCUAAAACUAAAUUAGAUUUGGAUAAAACCCUGUUAGAAUUGGAUUUUGUACCAAAUGCUUUAGUACAUUUUUCGCUGGAAGAUGAAAACGAUAAGACAGAUAAAUUUAUAAAUUCAGAAUUUCUUAAUAAAUUAACACCGGCAGAAGGAGCUUUUUAUGCAGCUAGCAAACUUAGACAACACAAACAUACGCAUAAUCAAAAUGUCUCUGAAGUUCCAAGUCCCUCCACUGGUGCCAUACCAAAGCGGCCUAGAAAUGAUGAAUUAAAUAAUAAAUAAACACUAUUCAUUAAAAUUCUUUAAAAGCAUUUAAGGUCCUCAAUAGAGAAGUGUCAUCAUAAAAGUAACAUGAUUUAAUAUUAAAAAUAUUUAUGAACUUUUGGAAAUAAGAGGAAUAAUUACAUAAAA